CAAAACAAAUAAAGCUCAUCCAGCUGUACUUCAAAAAAAUAAUUCCAUGUUUUGUAUAUAUCUGACAAAACUGGCAACAUUAUACAGACUACUGACUUGAAGACCACCUCUUUUGUAUUUCUCUGUUUCUGGGCUGAUGAGUUGGUUUCAUCCAUUUUUCCCCCCUUCAGAAUUUCCCCUUGGAAAAAGUACUAGCUUAGCUGGUCAUUUCUUUGUAAGGUAGUUAGAAAUUUUAAGUCUUUCUUUGGGCAACUUUUCUUUCUUUUUUUUUUUUUUUAAUGUGAAGAGUUAGGUGAUAUAAAUUUUUUACUGCUUUUAUGUUUUUCUGUCUUGUUUUGAAACCAUGACGGUUACACUUUUGGUUCCUAAAUAAAAUUUAAAACAAUUAACAGCCAAGUCACAAAGAUAAAUGGGUUGCACAUAGACUAAGGAAUAAACUUCAGAUUUGUGAUUUUUGUUUCUAAUCUUGAUGUAAAUUUACACUAUUUAUAAAUACAUAUUUAUUGCUUGAAAAUAUUUGUGAAUGGAAUGCUGUUAUUUUUUCCAGAUUACCUGCCAUUGAAAUUUUAAGGAGUUCUGUAAUUUCAAACACUACUCCUAUUACAUUUUCUAUAUGUAAAUAAAACUGCUUAGCAUUGUACAGAAACUUUUAUUAAAAUUGUUUAAUGUUUAAAGUUUUUCUAUUGUUUGAGUUUUAAAAAGAUUUUAUGUACAGUGCCCAGUUUUUGUUCUUUUUUGAAUCUGAUUAUAUAUAUUUUAUAUAUACUCUUGUGCUUGUGUAUAUAUAUAAUAUAUAUAGAAACUCGAAUAUAAAUAUGUGUAUAAAGAUUUAGAGACUAAAUUUUUCUCGUUUUAAGUUUUACAUCUAUGGUAGAUUUGAGGUGUCUACUGUAAAGUAUUGCUUACAAAAGUAUGAUUAUUUUUAAAGAAAUAUAUGGUAUGUAUCCUCAAGACAUAGAAUGACCUUCAGACUGGUUUAUUGUUAAAUUGCACUUUUUGCAAUAACAGACCAAUAAAUAGUUGCUGCCAAAAUGUAGUAGUAGAAAAUAAGUAACAGCUAAAUUUUAAAGCUCUUCAAGAAAAUACCAACUUUGACAGGAAGUUUGGCACUAGUUUUAGACAAGGAAUGAAGAAGAUUGAGUUUUGGUGGGGAUGUUCUCUAGAUUUCAACCAAAUUGCAACUUAUAUAUUACAAUAUGUUCUAUUAACAAUUUUAAAAGUUAAGACUGAAUCAUCUUGGCGUCACUGUUGACCCCAAAAAAGGACAUUGUUUUGUGGUAUUCUAUUGUAUUUUCACAUAUUUUGUAAUACAAAUUCACUGGUAAAUUUUUGAAGCACUAGGUUUAUUUAGGACAAGUUUAUAAUAUAUCAUUGUAACAGUUUGCAGUUUUAAUGAUGGUAUUUAUUUUAAGUUGCUCCUUUCUCAUUAGCUUCUUGAAAAUGCAUUAAAUCUAAAUUUCAAAAUUGA